ACAGAUUAGUUUGACUCAUAUUAAAUUCUGGCUACACAUACAAUAUAUAAAGCGUCACAUACUUAAAUAUAUUUUAUCACAUAUCCAGAUUAUAAUUUCAUAUCAAGUCUCCUCGGUACUAAACCCAGCUCAAUACUGUUAGAUUGUUAUCGUCUGCGUUUGUCAUUCUGCGUCCCCAAAGGCUCGGUUUGACGUGUAAACCAGAAUAUCCGCCACCAUUCAUGUCCACAAAAUAUAUUUUGUGUGGCCUUAUUAUUACCGCGGCUCAAAAACAAAAUCUGGCUGCAAAAGGAUCAAAGGAUUCGUCCUCAUGUUGCUGGAGCAAGGCCAAAAUCUCAAACGAUGUACUCUACACACAACUCCACUCGAGACAGCGGAGAUCUCGCGGCCAACCACAUCUUCCACAGCGGAAUGUGGUACAUGUACUGAGGCCAUCUGCGGUCAGAACUGCGGUUAGGAGCUGUAGUUACACCGCUAACCGGAGUCAUCAUCAUCGACGACGACGACGACGACGGACGGGGUAGCGCGCAUUGGCGAACCCUAAACUCUGACCACGCCACCGUUCGUCCAACCAAGUUCCUCCCGCGGGCCGGCGUUCGGACCACGUUACCGUGGCCAGCAACAGCGCCGUCGUCGGCAGCGAGCGGGGGUAUUGGAGGCCUGCAGCGCCGAUGAGCACAAUCCUGGCACCGGGUGCUUUUCAACGGCGGGGCGAUGCAGACGUUUUUGGGGGCGAGAUGUGCUCUUUCCACCUGGCGCUCUGAAAAGGGGCGAGAGGAGGCAGCAGGCGCAGCAGAAGUGUGGCAACCCUGGCGAGAGGAAGCUGGAAAGAUGGCCUCGGGAAUGUUACGGAAUGACACCCGGAUGCCGGUGCAGAUCGAGGGCGAGAUCGAGGGCAGCAGGAGGGAGGGAGGGAGGCAGGCAGGCAGAGGCCGCUACCCGAUCGCAGCAGCAGAGUUGAUGUUGAUGAUGAUGAUGAUGAAGGGAGAGAGGAGGCUGAGAAGAUGUGGAAAGCCCAAGGAAUGCUCUAUCUACAUGCCGGAGCCAGCUCCUGCUGCUGCGACGAUGAAUCAUUCCGUGCUCGAGUGCCAUGAGUGCUUUUGGACGAGUGUGCGUUAGCUGGUCGACUAUGAUUUCCAUAUGGUGCACAUCCCUUCGGCCCCGAACGUGCUUACAAUAAAUGGGCUCGUCUCGUCCGGUGUAUGUGUUUGUUUCUAAUCUGGAAUUGGCAAGGAAGGUAAGCUUGCGGGCCGCCAUUAAGAUCGACCUUCUAAGAACAUGCUUCGGGGAGAAACGUAUGGGCUGCUUCAAUCUCCUUGAUGGCAUUGUGUACGAGGAAUAAUUACUAGAUUUUAGGGUUGAUGGUUUCGCCUCGCCAUUCAUGGAAGCCAAAUCUUGACCGAAGCAAGUGGCAUAACUAUGAGUACACACUACGACCCUCUAUGAUGACGAUGAUGGAGACGGACUCAGAGCUGCGGGCAAUAUAUUGUUUGAUUGUUUCCAUUAUCAUUCCAAGCAUGAAUGGUUAUAAUGUACACCACCGAUCCUGAUUUAAGACCAUCUUUAUCCCCUUUACUCUUCCUGGAAAGAUUUAUCAAUUGUGGGUGGGGAUGUUUCCAAGAAGGUCAGAGAGGUGAGAUUGGGUUCAUAAAGGGAAUGGAUAUAGAUCGUUGCGAGUCCUACGAGUGACAACUUGUGGAUGGAUAUAUUAAAAAUUAGAAUAAUUGUAAAAUACAAUUGCGGGCCAGCAGCCCCACCUUGCUCAAACACAUCGGACUGGACUUUAACUCGGUCUUCGGCACAUCCUUCGACCGCAGCUCUCGAGCAGGUCCAGUAGAGAGCAAUAAUAGUAUGUCGAGUGUAGAUCUACCGUCGUUGCAAAGGGGCUCGUGACGACGAGGGGCUUUUUUAUGAUGGAAGGGGCUUAUAAUAGCAAAGGGAGUGGGGGUCAUCCAUGAGACUUCCAUCUGCAGGCUGGGCUGGGCAUGCACCGAGUGAUGUAGCCAAAAGCAUGCUUCCAUCCAUGGAUUGAUGGUUUAGUACUUUCCCCCUUUCAUGCAGCGCUGGUCGAUUGGUGACUUUAGUAGUCCUGGAGCAGGAAAGCGAGCACUAGAUGAGAGUUCGAAUGGCAGUUCCGGCAUGUUUUGGGACUUUUUACUUUAAACCAACUCUUUGGGGCUCAUUACAGUGGACAUCACCCACUCAGAGUCGUCCUCGAGUCAUCAUUCGCUCUACGCAUGCAUGAAACUCUUUUCUCAUGUCCGCUGCUGCUGCUCCUCUUAGAAAAGCUUUCUUCGAGCCUGGUAACAUGUGACAUGUUUGCAUGGCGUUUUUCUUUAAAUUAUUGGUUCGGUCCUGGAGCUGGCGGGCGAUGAGGGGACUUCUCGCCCAUAUGCUUCGCUCGAGCUCUGUCACCCAUUAUUGGGUUGGGUUGGGUUGGGGUAUCGGUUGUACUGACUGCAUCGGGCACCUCAUCACCUCAUCUGUUGAUUUUCUCGAGAGAAGGUAUGUCAUGAAGGUAUCCGAUUUCAUAUCCGAUUGUUCUCUAGAUGCACUGCGAUGUGGAUUUACAUGCUUCCCGUCGGUGCGUGUCUCUCUGCACAAACACUUGGCUCAUCCGCCCCCAAGAGUAUGUGCGGACGGAGAGGCGAGGUGUGAUGUGAGCUCUCUCGAGUUUCCAUGAUGUCCAUUGAUUUCGGGCCACGAAUUUGCUGCACUGUUUUAGGGGUUAGCAAUGUAAACAUCGCUUUGGACCCUUCUUUGUUUGG